GGCUGCUGGUGACUCACCAACUGCCCUUUAAAGCAACAUCGGGUUCAACGCAGUGACUGCUCAGUAGAAGCCAUGGCUCACAGACACCGCUUCUCCUACUGGUUACUGGUAUGCUGGUUGGUGGUAACUGUGGCAGAAGGACAAGAAGAGGUAUUUACCCCUCCUGGAGACUCACAAAAUAACGCAGACGCUACCGACUGCCAGAUUUUUACACUCACCCCUCCACCCGCCCGGAGGAGUCCGGUCACAACGUUCCAGCCCAUCACAAAGACACCCAGGUGUCCCUUCCAUUUUUUUCCACGAAGGCCCAGAAUCCAUUUUAGGUUUCCAAACAGACCUUUCCUCCCUUCAAGGUGUAACCACCGUUUUCCAUUCCCGUCAUUUUAUUGGCCACACCGUCACCUUACUUACAGAUAUUUCCCCAGAAGAAGACUCCAGAGAGGAAGCUCAUCUGAGGAAAGCUGAGAGGGAAGAGAAACCCAAACAUGCUGAAGCAAAAAAAAGCCUAUCCUUCAGAAAAAAGCAACAAAAAGAUUUCUGUUUUAUCUUUUGAAACUAAAACUAUUGGAUUUGAAGAUUAAGUUUCCUAAACACCACUGACUAGAAACUGUUCUCUUUGUUAGCAGUGAAGAUAUUGGAUCAUAGGUUAUUGAUGUUUGCAAAAUUGGACAAUAACCACGUUAUUUUUAUCCUCAGCCUCUUAUGGUCACAGGAUAUUUAUGCAAAUAAAAUCUUUAAAUGGGUGGCUCUAGUAAUUCCUAUCCAUACUAAGAUGCUGAAAGAAUCCAUCUCCUCCUCUAAAUUAAACAGGAUUUAAAUAAAUUGAGAUCAUUACAAACCACAUGAAGACACUGAUGACACCGUUUUUAUACUCAUUGGAAAACGUACAGAGCAAGGUGCAUUGUCAAAGUAAACUUUAAAAGAAAUUAUAAAGCUUAAAGCAAUUAAAAAGUUAUGAGGAGUCUGACUGUAGAUAAUACUUUAAAGAUAUAAACUGACUUGUCUAACCCAAAUAACAAUUAUUAUUAUUAUUUUCUUGGAGACAGAGUUUCACUCUUGCUGCCCAGGCUGGAGUGUAGUGGUGCUAUCUCGGCUCACUGCAACUUCUGCCUCCUGGGUUCAAGCAAUUCUCCUGCCUCAGCCUCCCAAGUAGCUGGGAUUAUAGGCACCCGCUACCACGCCUAGCCAAUUUUUUGUAAUUUUAGUAGAGAUGGGGUUUCACCAUGUUGGCCAGGCUGGUCUCGAACUCCUGACCUCAGGUGAUCCACCCACCUCGGCCUCCCAGAGUGCUGGGAUUACAGGCGUGAGCCACUGCGCCCAGCCCCAAAUGAUUACUUUUAAACUAUAGUAUCUAAAUUUACUUUAAUGUUGACUUCAACUGAUGCAAAUUAAUUGGAUAAUUUUCUCACUGUUUCCCGUUAUCAUUACAUAGAUGCUGGCUAAAAUGAUAUACUUCCUCUCAAACUUUUAAUGUAAUUCCAGGUUCAAAAAGCCUGAUUAAACUGCUACAAGAAUAUUCUGGUACCUCUAGAACUCUACAGACAUAAGUUCCCUCAACUCUUGGAACCUUGUAUUCUCAGGGUGCAAUAUAAGAAACAAAUCCCACAGAUUGCAUUCCUUGGUUAUUUGUUUUGGCCACUCUGUGAAACACAUCUUCCUGUUUAUGCCGCUUAUCUUGCCUGUAACAUAAGAACUUUAGUUCUGCAUAUGUGGUCAGUGGCUUGCACUUUUUCCUCCCAAGAUCUACAUGCAAAAGUUGCUGUUACUGCUGCUGCUACAAAAACAGAAAAAAAAAAAUCAGGACGAAGACAGGAAAGGACUUUGGGAAUGGUUGCCCUGAAAAAGGAAAGAGAGAUAAAAUCAUCAUGCUAUGUUUCUUUGCUUUAUUAAAAUGAUCAAAAA